AUGGGUCUCCGUGGGCGUCCAUAUCCCCCACCCACUCAGAAUGUGCGUCCAUUCCGUUCCUCCUCCAUACGAAGCAAUACAUCUUCCGUUCUCACAGUGGACUCCCACCUCUCCUCUCCUUUCCACACCCCUCACAUGGUCCAUCGUGUUCCCCUGGGGAGGAGAGAAUCUGGUCGAUUUCCUCCGCGCCCCAUGGCUCGAGGACAACCCCUCAUGGCCCAGCAUUCCCUGAGAGGAAGGCGUCCCAAUUCUCCACAGCCCUCCCUUAAGCAUUUGCCACAUCCUCCAUCCCCACGCCUCUCUCCUCGACUCUCUCGUCAGUCCUCACCCCUCUUGCCCCCUCGAGUUGCCCAUCCACCACCCGAAACAUAUGUGUCUGGCCCUGAUGUUGAUCCAUAUGCUGAACAGUCUUAUCAAUUUGUUGCCCCCUCUUCUCCCAUGUUAUCUGGUGCUUUACAGAACCGGGCUAUCCGACAGGCCUCUUUUUCUUCCCCUCUUGGCCCAGAGGCAGCCCAGAUGGUAGGUAUGGCUACUGAAUAUGCACAAACUCAUGUUCCCUCAUCCCCUAUGCUUUCUGCUGCAAUGCAAAAUCAGGAAAUUCGAGAUGCUUCCUAUGCUGCCUCACUGCAGAGAACAAUGUCACCUUAUGAGCAGCCUAUGGCCCCUUCUUCUCCUAUGUUGUCUGGGGCUCUGCAGAAUCAAGCUGUACGAGAUGCAUCUUAUGUCUCUCCUUUGCGAAGGCCAAUGUCACCUCAUGAGCAGCCUAUGGCUCCUUCCUCUCCCAUGUUGUCUGGGGCUCUGCAGAAUCAAGCUGUACGAGAUGCAUCUUAUGUCUCUCCUUUGCGAAGGCCAAUGUCACCUUAUGAACAGCCUAUGCCUCCUUCAUCCCCAGUACUUUCUGGAGCUCUGCAAAACCAAUCAAUUAGAGAAGCAUCUUAUGUGUCUCCUCUUCAAAGAUCUCAGUCCCCUUAUGCCUCUGUACCUUCUCCAUACGAAUAUAUUACUGAGCCUGGUCCGGCACCACUGCUCUAUGAUGCUUUACAGAACAGGUCUGAUUUGCAGAAUGUCUCAUCUUUAAGAUCCCCCAUGAUGCAACGCCGUAACCCUUACGCACCAACUGGGCCUCAGGUCCACCACGCACUACAACAGAACCCCAACCUCCGCCAAGCAUCUUAUCGGACACCUGUGCAACUCAGACGUUCCCCAUAUGGACCCCCACCACCCUCUUCACCAAUGUUAGGAGCUGCCCUAAACAACCCACAAUUGAUGCAGGCAUCGUACCGGCUGCCAGAUGGAACCUUAAUGUCACCAUACACAGCUUCACCUUCUCCUCCAAUGCUCAACCAUGCCUUGCAAAACCAACAAGUCCGUGGGGCCUCAUUCACCUUGCCUGAUGGAUCAGUUAUCAGGGACCCACGUAUUCCCCAGAGGCCCAUGUCUCCUAGCCUUUCCAGAGCUCUUCAGAACCAGGAUCUAAAGACUGCAUCUUAUACUCUACCUGAUGGCACCAUUGUAGACCCUAGACAGCAAUAUGUAUUAGUUAACAUCUGUGUUUUUCUGGCUCUGCUCUCUUUCCUUGUACAGCAACCCAUUCCCCCAAACCUGGCUAUGGCCCUAAACAACCCAGUUCUGCGUGAAGCCUCAUUUUCUCUCCCUGAUGGUACCAUUAUGAUUGACCCCAAGAAACCGAAGUCCCCGAACCUUACAGCAGCACUUCAGAACCCUUACCUGAAAAGUGCAUCGUACACACUUUCUGAUGGUACUAUCAUCAUUGAUCCAUGGAAACCUGUCUCUCCAAACCUGUCCGAAGCCCUCCACAACUCUGCCCUUCGGCAUGCCUCCUUCAACCUACCAGAUGGAGUUCGUGACCCUAAUUUACCCCUACCACCAAACUUGGCAAAGGCCCUCGAGAACGCCGCUUUGAAAUCAGCUUCAUACACCCUCCCAGAUGGAACAAUUAUAGUCGACCCAAGGAAACCAAAGACCCCCAACCUGACAGCCGCCCUGCAGAACCCCUACCUUAAGGGGUUGUCCUACACUCUGCCUGAUGGAACCAUCAUCAUUGACCCAAGGAAACCAGUUGCCCCUGAUCUGUACAAAGUGUCAUUUAAUAACUAUUUGAUUAACUUUUCCCACCACCUGCAGGCUCUCACGAAUGAAAACAUUCGUAAUGCAUCGUUCCAGCUCCCUGAUGAUGCCAUAGUUAUUCCUGGUCAGAAGCCCUCCACUCCAAACCUUACUGCUGCUCUAAGACAGAACAAGGCACUUCGUUCUGCAGAGAAACAUUCCUUGCUCUACAGGCUUCCAGAUAGCUCUCCUCUUGUAAGACGGUUCAACAACCCAAAGUUGGGUGAUGCUAUCCAAAACCAGCAGCUUCGGUACGCCUCAUACAGGGCACCAACGGCACUGCAGGGUCCAGAUGACUGCUAUGCUGUGGUUCCUCCUUAUGGGCCACACUCAGGCCACUGGGCCAGGAAUGCUCAAGGAGGAGGGGAAGGAGGGGAGGACAUUUGGGCAGCUGAAAGAGUUUUACCACAUGGGACAGUCCAGAAUCUGUCAAAGUGGUCCAUGUACAAAGAAGACGGCAUGUUGGAAGGAUAUUCACCCUUGCCUCGAAUUGUGGAUGGGCAACCUCAGGAUCCAGACUGGACCCCUGAAAGACAGAGGGUGCCUGGUCAAAGCUGGUAUGACAAGAUCUACUCUAUCCUAAGCAUGCCCACAACAGGCCACAGGGUGAAGCGCUGGGCGGAGGGAAUGGAGGACAUGACACAGUUGCCUGAGUUGAAUGAGACCACAGUUUUGAUGAACCUGAAGAAACGCUACGAUCAGGAACUCGUAUAUACCUACAUAGGUAGCAUCCUCGUGUCUGUGAAUCCCUACAAGUUGCUCAACAUUUAUGGCACAGACAUGGUGCUUCAGUAUGAGGGCUGUGGCCUGAGUGACAACCCUCCUCAUCUUUUUGCCAUUGCUAAUUUGUCAUAUACCACCAUGAUGGAUGCCAAAAAGGACCAGUGUAUUGUGAUCAGCGGAGAAAGCGGGUCAGGAAAGACUGAAGCUACUAAACUGAUCCUGCGUUAUCUGACAGCCAUACAUCACAAACGCAACGUCACACAACAGAUAGAGAUCCUAGAGGCCACGCCCCUGUUGGAGUCUUUUGGGAAUGCCAAAACGGUGCGCAACGACAACUCUUCACGAUUUGGCAAGUUCAUGCAGAUCUAUAUGGAGGGGGGUGUGAUCAGUGGUGCCAUAACGUCUCAGUACCUGUUGGAGAAGUCCCGCAUUGUCUUUCAGGCCAAAUCGGAGAGGAACUACCACAUCUUCUAUGAGAUGUUGGCAGGUCUUCCUCUUCACGAGAAGCGCUCACUGUAUCUGCAGGAAGCUGAGACUUACUACUAUCUCAAUCAGGGAGGGGACUGUACCAUAGAGGGCAAAGAUGACGGGGAGGACUUCAGGCGACUGCUGAGUGCCAUGGACAUCCUGUGUUUCACUCCAGAGGAGCAGAACGGCAUCUACAGACUUCUCUCCUCUGUCCUUCAUCUGGGGAACGUCUACUUCCAGCCAUACCAGGGUGAAGGUCAGGAAGUCGCGUCGGUGGUGAGCGCACAGGAGAUCAGGGUUGUGGCUGAGCUGAUGCAGGUCUCACCUGAUGGCCUGCAGAAGUCUGUCACCUACAAACUGACAGAUACAGUAAGAGAGAAGAUCUACACUCCGCUCACAGUGGAGAGUGCUGUGGAUGCAAGAGAUGCCGUUGCCAAGAUCCUGUAUUCGCUGCUGUUUAGUUGGCUGACAGAGCGCAUCAAUGGACGGGUCUACCCUCGCAACGAAGCCCUUUCCAUCUCCAUAUUGGACAUAUAUGGAUUUGAGGAGCUACAGGUGAACAGUUUUGAGCAGCUGUGCAUCAACUACGCCAAUGAAACUUUGCAGUUCUACUUUAACAGGGUCGUCUUUCAGGAGGAGCAGGAGGAGUACAUGCGGGAGCAGAUUGAGUGGCAGCAGCAGCCCUUCAGCCACAACCAGGCCUGCCUUGACCUCAUUGCUGCUAAGCCUCAUGGGAUACUACGCAUACUGGAUGACCAGUGCGGUUUCCCUCAGGCAACAGACCACACCUUCCUCCAGAAGUGCCACUAUCACCAUGGUAACAACCCGCUGUAUGCCAGGCCAAAGAUGCCACUGCCAGAGUUCACCCUGAAACACUACGCAGGGAAGGUCACCUACCAGGUGAACAAGUUCUUGGAUAAGAACUUCGACAUGGUCCGCCAGGACGUCUUAGACCUCUUCAUCCAGAGCAAGAACAGAAUGGUGUCCAGCCUCUUCCUGAAGCACUCGGACUCUGUGUCUCAGCAGCGGUCUAACGUGCGGCGCAGCAGCACAGCUCGUCGUUAUCAGGCCAACACGGUCAGCGCAAAGUUCCAGAGCAGCCUGCAGGAGCUGCUGGAGAAGAUGCAAAGGUGUAACCCUUAUUUUGUGCGAUGCAUCAAGCCAAACCAUCAUAAGGAGCCAGGGGUGUUUGACAUGGAGCUGAUAAAUACUCAGCUGCAUUAUUCUGGUAUCAUGGAGACCAUCCAAAUACGGAGGGAGGGUUAUCCAAUCAGAUUGCAGUUUCACAGCUUCCUGUCCAGGUAUAAAGCCCUGCUCUGUUUGAGGGAUCUCCCACCAGCCGACGGAGAAAACUGUGUCAUUAUGCUUCACAACCUCGGUCCGAUCAAGAAGGGCUCUUAUCAGCUGGGAGUCAGUAAGAUUUUCCUAAAAGAGGAGCUGUACCAGCAGUUGGAGGGGAAGCGUGACCGUGUGUUUAACAUUGCUGCCAAGAUGCUGCAGAGAUACACCCGCAUGUGUUUUGUCAGAAAGAACUUUAUUAAGUUCAAACGCUGUAUGACCCACUUCCAAGCUCGCUGCAGAGGCUACGUGGCCAGAAAAAAGUUUGCUCUGAAAAGGAAGUACAUCAUAUGGCUUCGCUCCACUGUGCUGCUCAUUGUCAACCGCCAGCGUUACAUGAGGACAGUUGUGGAGCCUGCAAGGAAGGCGGAGGAGGAGGGUCACAUUUUGAGAAAAGAUGAAGAUGAUCGCAUCAAUAGAGAAGUGGUGAACGUUACAACGCUGCCUAUCCCUGCUGAGCUGGCAGCCCUGCUGCAGGCGGCUUCAGGUGGUGAGGAGCUGCACUCUGAUUGCCUGGCAGUGGUUCAGGCUCCAAAAGUACAGGUUGAACCCCAGCUGACCCUGCCCCUGGAUAUCAACAACUACCUCAUGACACAUUACAUCCGGGCCAUAUUUCGGGAGCCGUUGUUAGGGAUGCUGACAGCCCCGCUGGAGAGUUCUCUGAUCAGAUUCGAUGAAGAGCUGAAACAAGGAGCCCUGAACAUUUUCAUUCUGAUACUGAGGUUCAUGGGUGAUCCUAACCUGAACGGGGCUCAGGAGAACCUGUUCGGGAACUACAUCAUCCAGCGAGGGCUUGCCAAUCCCAGCCUCAGAGAUGAGAUCCUGGCUCAAGUAGCCAAUCAAGUGUGGAGGAAUCCCAACAUCUUGAAUUCAGAGCGUGGUUGGCUCCUCCUGUCCUCCUGUCUCUCUGCCUUCCUGCCCUCUCAAAGACUGGCCAAGUACCUGCUAAAGUUUGUUUCCGACUAUGGGCCGGAGGGCUAUGACUGUGUGUGUCAGCACCGUCUGCUCCAGGCUCUGCAGCGGCUGAAUGUCGGGCCAGAGUACGUCCGGACCUACCCGCCCUGCCUGCUGGAGUGGACAGCCAAUCGCAAAAAAGCUCACACUGUCCUGCACAUUCACUGCUUCGAUGGUGUGUCUUUCCUGUGUCCUCUACACUCCUGGACAACAGGAGAAGAGAUGGCCAAAAACAUCUUACAACACAGGAGUGUGGUGGAGGGCCGUCGAGGCUGGUCGGUGCUGCUGAAGGAGCCGGCUCAGUGGGUGGAGGUGGAGGGCUCGGACUACGUUCUGGAUCUGAUGUCAGACCUGGAGCUUCCUGCUGACUUCCCCAAACACAGCAGCUACUUCAUCAUCUCUGCACAGGAGCCGAGCAGAGUGCGGCCCAAUGCUAGCAUAAGCCUGCUGGGUGGCGGGUUUGAUAUGAAUGAUCAUGUCUUAUCUUCAGCCAUAACCGGCUCGGAUGGGUUCAUUAGCCACCUCUACUCUCCCUUCACAGACUUGGAGCCUCAGAGAGGGAUGGAUCGUUAUCUCGACAGCCUGUUUGACCCUGUACUGUCUGACGGCACAGGAGAAGUCGAGUCAGCUGCAGGACUGUCCAGCAGGAUGAAAGGGGCAGGGGGAGUUGGAGGCAGGUGGCAACAGCAAGGACAGUCAACCGGCCCCCCACCUCCACCUGGAGCUGUGAGAGUCCUCCCUGUGGGAGGAGUGAUGUCGCCUCCUGUUGCUGCCGUGGCACCUGUGACACCUGGUUCGUCAGAUGCCCAGCAGGCUGUUUUGGCCCAGCAGCAGCAGGCGAUCGUGAACCAACAGGCCAUCAUCAUGGCCCAGCAGAUGACCAUGCAGGCUAUGGCCAUGGUCAGCAGCCCAGUCACAAGCCCCCCCACUUCCCCUAUCACAAGCCCUCCCAUGAGCCCUCUUCUCCACCACCCUCUCAGCCCUUACGCCCCCGCCAGCUCUUACGCUGUCAUACCUCCAAGUCCGUAUGCUAACAUCCCACCCAGCCCCUAUGCUAAUUUCACUCCAACUCCCUAUGCUGCAGCAAGCAUCCCACCCAGCCCCUAUCCUCCCUCUACUCAACACGAACAAACUCCAUUGCAGCCUCCAGCUCAGCCUCGUGCUGAGCCACAGUCUCAGCCAGAGGCCCAGGCACGGCCUCAGGCCCCCCGCCCCGACCCCAAACCUCAGAUAAGUAAGGACAGCGUCCCUCGCAGGAAAGCUCCAGGCGUCCCCAUAAACAAGGACAAACCAGCCAAGAAGUUUGCCCCAGUGGCGACAUCUCCUCCGCCACCUGCUGGAGAGGUGGUGAAGUACUCAGCUCGGCAUGAUGAGCACUUGGUCCCCAGCCAAGAUAUCCAGGAAAUUAUUAAAAGGUACAACUCCCCUCCUCCUCCAUCAGACCAGCUGCCUCCUGGAAAAAGGAGACCUGAGGGGAAGUUUAGGAAGAAGCAAACUGCUCGUGAUGAAGCUUUACAGAUCCUAAAACCCCAGAUGGAACACCCUCCUGCUCCACAGCCCAAACGUCCUGUUACUCCCUCACCAUCUGCAUCCGCAAUAAAAGAGGCCGGAUUUAAACCCGCCAAGAGCACAAAGACUAGAGCACCUAAUCGGCCUCUCCCCAUCCCUCCUCCAGUUUCUCGAGAGCUCCCAGUAGAGACAGAGACCAUCCAGACACAGCUUCAUCAGAGCACCAACGAAGAGCACUACACCUACACCAAUGUUCCCUGGAGACUGUAUCUCAGGAAGGAGGUUUUCUAUCCCAAAGACAGUUUCAACAAUCCGCUGGUGCUAGACCUCAUCUUCAAACAGAUAGUGAACGACACCCUGUCAGAAGCUUGUGUUCGCAUCACCCGGGAUGAAAGGCAGAAGAUGAAAGCUCUGUUCGCGAAACACGGGGUCGAACAGAAUAUGGAUCCAGUGGAGGAGCACGUGAAGAAAACCGUCGUCACGGCAGCCAGGGAAACGUGGGAAAUAUACUUCUCCCGACUGUUCCCUGCAUCGGGUAGCGUAGGAACAGGUGUGCAGGUGUUGUCAGUGUCCCACAGUGGCAUUAAGCUGCUGAAGACGGUAAAGAGCAGCGCUGCAGCUCCAGACUACUUCAGAGUGCUGCGACCGUACACUUUUGCAGACAUCCUGUUUGUGACCAUUCCCUCCGAAAACAUGUUGGAGUUCAAUCUGACCAACGAGAAGCUGAUCCUGUUUUCAGCUAAAGCACUACAAGUCAAACAUCUCAUAGACACCUUCAUCAAUGAAAUCAAAAAGGACUCAGACUACGUGAUUGCAGAACGUAACUUUGUGACAGACGACCGCUCAAUGCUCAGUUUCCACAAAGGCGACAUCGUCAGGCUGCAAGUCCUGGACGGGCUGGAGAAAGGUUACAGCUAUGGCUGUGUGGUGAGGAAGAAGGUGGUGUAUUUGGAGGAGCUGAAGAAAGACUCUCAAGACUUUGGCUGGAAGUUUGGUGCCGUGUUCGGCCGCUCCGGUACGUUCCCGGCUGACUGCGUCCAUCCUGUUGCGCCUCCUGACUUCCUGUCCUUGCCGUUGGACCGCAAGUCGGAGCCUCGAGGCGGAGCGGGACAGUUUGCGGUGUCAUCAGCUGUGGCUGUUGCCGUGGCGUCCACCAUGGCUGCACAUGAGAUAGAUCAAACGAUUGAGGUUUCCCUUGACGGCUUUGCUGAUGGAGAUCUGGAUGAGAGGACUCUGCAGGACAGUAAAUAUGACAUGUUGGAGUUUGCCAAGAAGUAUUUCAGACAGGGAGCCAGCGGGAGGGGCGAUUCCCUGAAGAGCAAAAGCAAGAGCAGAGACAUCAGGGAACCCACUGAAAUGAUCAAGUUCUCCAAGACUCCUCUUACCGAGUCUCUGAUAGAGUUUACUGACCUGGCCAUGAACAGAGUGGCAGCGGAUCUCUUCCUGUCGGUGAUGCGCUUCAUGGGUGACUCUCCGUUAAGGGGAUCGACCGAACAAGAAGUGGUCAACAUUUUCCUAAAGCUGAUAGGAGAGUUCACCUUGAUGAGGGAUGAGGCUUACUGCCAAGUUAUCAAACAGCUUACUGCUAACACCAGCUCCAAACCUGACAGUUGCCAACGUGGCUGGAGGCUGCUGUACAUCCUGACCACUUUCCACCGCUGCUCUGAAGUCCUCAAGCCCUUCCUGUUGAAAUAUCUCCAGCAGGCCUCUCGCAGCGCUGGGACUCAGUAUCAGGGCAUUGCUAAAGCCUGCGAGCAGAAUCUGAAGAAGACGUUCCAAUGUGGUGGACGUAUUGUUCCUCCCAACAGCAUGGAGCUGAAAGCCAUGAUGGCGGGACGCAGUUCGAAACGUCAGCUGUUUCUCUUUCCUGGAGGCAUCGAACGUCACGUGAAAAUCAAAACGUGUUCUGUUGCCCUGGAGGUGAUUGAAGAACUGUGUUAUGAGAUGGCGUUACACAGACUGGAGGCGAUGGAAGAAUACUCCAUAUUUUUAGUCACCAAUCGAGGUCAGAAUGUGCGACCUCUGCACAAAAACGAGUACAUCCUGGAUGUGGCGACAGAGGCGGAACUAGUCGACACCAACUACAGUUUCUGGUUCAGACGGGUCGUCUGGACUCAGGCGCUCAAGUUUGAGAACGAGCUUUGUGUGGCCAUGCACUAUAACCAGAUCCUGCCAGACUACCGUAAAGGUCUGCUAAACGUUCUUCCACACGGAAAAGUGAGCGAUCAACAGUUCCACCAGAUCUCCAAACUGGCAGCGCUGCAGCACAGAGCCAAAGACAUCAUCUUCAUCCCCAGCAUACAUGAACUGUCGGAGUAUAUCGCCACACCUCUGUUCAAAAAGCAGCCACCGCAGCAGUGGGUUACCAUGGUGACGCAGCACAUGCAGCAAGUGCAGACCCUGAGCCCGCACCAGGCCAGAGCACAGUUUCUGGGGUUGGUCAGCGCAUUCCCCAUGUUCGGCUCGUCGUUCUUCUACAUCCACAGCAGCAGCUCCACCACCUUCUAUGCCCCCUGUAUUGUUGCUGUCAAUCAACACGGUCUCCACUUCCUGCACAAAAAUACACACGAACAAAUGGCAGUGGUCCCCCUGGUGGAGGUGCAGUCCAGCCGCACUCAGAGGCCCAACGCUGGAACGAGUUAUCCGUAUGUAGACCUCACGCUGGGGGACAUGAACACUCAGCGGGUCAUUCAGCUGCAGCUGGAGCAGGGUCUGGAGUUGUGUCGAGUCAUCGCCAUGCAAGUGGAAAACAUGAUGUCGGUACGGGAGAAGAGGCUCACCCUGCCACCCAGUGAAAUCACCAUGUUAUAA